CCCCAGCGGCCGCGGAGGGGCCAGCGGCCGAGUCGGGAGGCCCCGGGGCGGUGCGGGUGUACGCCGUCUCCGACGUGCACACGGACAUGAGGGAGAACAUCUGCGCCAGUGGCCCCGGCGGGGUCCGCACGACGUGCUGAUCUUGGCCGGCGACAUCGCGGGGCCCCGCGGCGCGGCGUCGGCGCGGUGGGCGUCCCGCGGCCCCGCGCCCGCUGAGAUCCGGGCGUCGCGGCGUGUCUGCUUCCGCGCCGGGCGUUUCUGCCCGGUGCACCGGGACGACGGCUGCGAGGACUCUGUGGCCAAGCUGGGGGCCAUAGAGCAGCUGUGCGAGGAGCUGGGCGUUCGGACGCGCCCGGGCCUGGUGGGGGAGGUCGCGAUUGUGCCGCUGCUCUCCUGGUACCACGCAGGCUUUGACGCCGACCCCGACGUGGUGGACGAUUCUCUGGCACCAGUGGAGCAGGUGAUGAUGGAUUUCCACCUCUGCAAGUGGCCUGAAGGUCUGACGCCGCUGGGCGGCAGCGACAGCAUCGCUCGCUUCAUGGACGGCCUCAAUUCCGGCCUGCCUGGGCGCCUCUGGACCCUCGGGCUUGGCCGACCGACCGCGGCAACGGUGUCGUUCUCGCACUUCCUCCCACGCGCGGAGCUGCUGCCGGAGAAGCGGACCCUCUUCUACCCGCACCUCUCGAAGGCGGUCGGCUCGCUGCCGCUGCGCGACCGCGUGCGGGCGCUGCGGCCGGACCUGCACGUGUUCGGCCACACCCACUACGCGUGGGCCGCCGAGGUGGAGGGCACGCGCUUCCUCCAGGCCUGCCUGGCCUACCCGCGGGAGAGGGAGGAGCGCCCCUUCUCGGUGAAGUGCGGCGACGGCGGCGGGCAGGCCUCCCUGUACGACAUCCCGCUGAAGGGCAUCAAGAUGGCGGCCGUCGACGACGACUCCACGGCGAUCCAGGGGAUGUUCGAGAGCGUGGCGGAGUGGAUCACGAACGACAUCAAGGCGUCCGUGUGCGACACCCCGCCGAAGGACCUCGACAUGGUGGUGGCCUUCGCCAGCAAUGUCGCGAAGAUCCAGGAGAUGUUCGAGCUCGUGGCGGACCAGAUCCCGAACAACAUCAAGGCCUCCGAGUACAACAUCCCGCUGAAGGACCUCGACAUGGUGGUGGCCCUCGCCAGCAACUCCACGACGAUCCAGGAGACGUUCGAGCUCGUGGCGGACCAGGUCCCGAACAACACCAAGGCUUUCGUGCACAACUUCCCGCUGCAGGACCCCAAGAUGGCGGCCGUCGACGACUCCACGGCUAUCCAUGUGAUGUUCGAGAGCGUGGCAGAGUGGAUCCCGAACAACAUCCAAGCGUCCUUCGCCGGCGACUCCACGACGAUCCAGGAGAUGUUCAAGAGCAUGGCGAAGCGAAUCCCGAACAACAUCAAGGCCUCCCUGUGCGACACCCCGCUGAAGGACCUCAAGAUGGCAGCCUUGGCCUACGGCUACACGGCGAUCCAUGAGAUGUUCGAGGGCGUGGCGGCGACUUUCAGGCGCGUGGCGGAGUCAAUCCCGAACAACAUCAAGGCCUCCCUGUACGACAUCCCGGUGAAGGACCUCAGGAUGGCGGCUUUCGCCGACAACUCCACGGCGAUCCAGGAGAUGCUCGGGCACAUGGUGGAGUGGAUCCUGAUCAACAUCAAGGCUUUCCUGUGCGACAUCCCGCUGGAAGGACUCGAGAUGGCGGCCUUGGCCAACAACUCCACGGCAAUCCAGGUGAUGUUCAAGCAUGUGGCGGAGGGGAUCUCGAGCAUCUCCACUGCGAUCCAGGAGAUGUCCGAGAGCGAGGCAGUGCGAAUUCCGAACAACUUCAAGGCCUCCGUGUGCGACAUCCCGCUGAGGGGACUCAAGGUGGCGGCCUUCGCCGGCGACUCCACGACAAUCCAGGACCUCAAGACGGUGAUAGCCUUCGCUGGCAACUCCACGACGAUCCUGGAGAGGUCGAAGCUCGUGGCGGAGUGGGUCCCGAGCAACAUCAAGGCCUCCGUGUGCGACAUCCUGCUGACAGACCUCAAGAUGGUAGCUGUGGCCGGCAACCCCGCGGCGACCCAGGAGAUGUUCGGGCGCUCGGCGGAGUGGAUCCUGAACAACAUCAAGGCCUCAGGGUACGACAUCCCGCUCAAGGACCUCAAGAUGGUGGUAGCCUUCGCGGGCGACUCCUCGAUAAUCCAGGAGAGGCUGAGGCUCGUGGCGGAGUGGGUCCCGAACAACCUUCCAGGGGUCAGCGCAGUGGGCGUCCACGCCUGCUUCCAGCGACCGGGCGGCGAGGAUGUCUACGAGGAGGCCAUGGCUGAACUCGAGGGCAUGGCGUGCGCUUUCGCGCGAUCGGGCCUGGCGCUAUCUAUUCACACGCGGGAGCGCUUCCACCGGCGCCGCGUCGUCCUGUGCCGCGGCGACUGCGGCGAUGUGGAACUCACGCUCGACCUCGGCCUCCACAUCUUCGCCCCGCCGCGGCGGCCGGCGGAGUGCGCGGCCCUCGAGCUGCGCAAAACGAAGGCGCAGCAGGUGGUCGUCCGGCACGGUCGCUUCCCCCUCGGCCCCCCUCUCGGGGCGGAGGCGGAGAUUGAUUGCUGCUUGCCGCCGCGGGCCGCGGCGGACGCGGGCCUGCUCUCCAGCGCCCGGAUCCGACAGCUGCUGCGCAGCAUCGCGCUGCUUCGGCGGAUCGUCGCCCACGGGGGGCGGCUCCGCCCCGCCCAAUCGGCCAAGAUGGCCCGCGAGGGUCCCUUGCGCGCCGAGCUGGCUCGGAGACGAUUCGAGCGCUACGGCCCGGGCCUGCGCGAAGAGGUGAACCCGGCCUGGGAGUGCCCCAACGAGCUGUGCGCGCGCGACGGCUACCUGCUGAACCCCGGCGCCUGCUUGCGCUGCCGCCGCUGCCGCCUGCAGCGGCCGGCGCUGCUGCUCCGCUCGCUGAUCCCGAUCCGGCACCGGCAUCUGCAGCGCAGUUGGCGGCAGGUCGCGACGGAGCCGCUGAGCGUCAUCAUCGGGGGGCCGGUGCUGAGCAACCUCGCCGAGAAGAUGACUUUGCCGAUCCUGGCCCCAGAGAUUGCGGUGACCUUCAAGGCGCCCGCGUGCGACAUCCCGCUGAAGGACCACAGGAUGGCGGCCUUCGCCGACGACCCCGUGGCGAUCCGGAAGAUGUUCGAGAGCGUGGCGGGAGACGUUCAAGCGCGUGGCCAAGCGAAUCCCAACGACACCAUGGCGUCCGUCAGCGACAUCCCGCGUGAAAGAACCUCGAGAUUGCGGCCUUCGCCGACUAAUUCCGCGGCGAUCCAGGAGAUAUUCGAAAGCGUGACGGAGUGGAUCACGAACGACAUCAAGGCGCCCGUGUGCGAUAUCCCGCUGAAGGACCUCGACAUGGUGGUGGCCUUCGCCAGCAACUCCACGACGAUCCAGGAGAUGUUCGAGCUCGUGGCGGACCAGAUCCCGAACACCACCAAGGCCUCCGAGUACGACAUCCCGCCGAAGGAUCUCAAGAUGGCGUUCGUCUUCCCCAGCAACUCCACGAAGAUCCAGGAGGGGUCGAAGCUCGCGGCGGAGUGGACCCCGAACAACAUCAAGGCGUCCGUGAGCGACAUCCCGCUGAAGGACCUCAAGAUGGUGGUGGCCUCCGCCAGCAACUCCACGGGGAUCCAGGAGAUGUUCGAGGGCAUGGCGGAGUGGGUCCCGAACAGCUUCAAGGCGUCGUUCGCCGGCAACCCCGCGGCGAUCCAGGAGAUGCGCAGGCUCGUGGCGGAGUGGGACCUCAAGAUGGCGGCCGUCGACGACGACUCCACGGCGAUCCAGGAGAUGUUCGAGAGCGUGGCGGAGUGGAUCACGAACAACAUCAAGGCGUCCGUGCGCGACAUCCCGCUGAAGGACCUCGAAAAGAACAUCAAGGCCUCCGAGUACGACAUUCCGCUGAAGGACCUCAAGAUGGCGGUGGCCUUCGCCAGCAACUCCACGGGGAUCCAGGAGAUGUUCGAGGGCAUGACGGAGUGGGCCCCGAGCAGCUUCAAGGCGUCCGUCGCCGGCAACUCCACGGCGAUCCAGGAGAUGUUCAGGCUCGUGGCGGAGUGGAUCCCGAACAACAUCAAGGCCUCCGAGUACAACAUCCCGCUGAAGGGCCUCAAGAUGGCGGCCGUCGACGACGACGCCACGGCGACCCAGGAGAAGUUCGAGAGCGUGGCAGAGUGGAUCACGAACAACAUCAAGGCGUCCGGGUGCGACAUCCCGCUGAAGGACCUCGACGUGGUGGUGUCCGUCGCCGGCAACUCCACGGCGAUCCUGGAGAUGUUCGAGCUCGCGAUGUGGUUGAAGCUCGUGGCGGAUCGGAUCCCGGACAACAUCAAGACGACCGUGAGCGACAUCCCGCUGAAGCACCUCAAGAUGGCGGCGGCGUUCGCCAGCAACUCCACGACGAUCCAGGAGAUGUUCGAGAGCAUGGCGGAGUGGAUCCCGAACAGCUUCAAGGCGUCUUUCGCCGGCAACUCCACGGCGCUCGUGGCGGAGUGGACCCCGGACAGCAUCAAGGCCUCCCUGUGCAACAUGCCGCUGAGGGGCCUCAAGAUGGCGUCCGUCGACGACGACUCCACGGCGAUCCAGGAGAUGUUCGAGAGCGUGGUGGAGUGGAUCACGAACGACAUGAAUUCGUCCGUGUGCGACAUCCCGCUGAAGGACCUCGACAUGGUGGCGGCCUUCGCUAGCAACUCCACGACGAUCCAGGAGAUGUUCGAGCUCGUGGCGGACCAGACCCCGAACUGCAUCAAGGCCUCCGAGUACAACAUCCCGCUGAAGGGCCUCAAGAUGGUGUUCGUCUUCGCCAGCAACUCCACGACGAUCCAGGAGGGGUUGAAGCUCGUGGCGGAGUGGACCCCGGACAACAUCAAGGCGUCCGUGAGCGACAUCCCACUGAAGGGCCUCAAGAUGGCGGUGGCCUUCGCCAUCCGGGAGAUGUUCGAGGGCAUGGCGGAGUGGACCCCGAAGGGCAUCAAGGCGCCGGUCGCCGGCAACCCCACGGCGAUCCAGGAGAUGUUCGAGCUCGUGGCGGAGUGGAUCCCGAACAACAUCAAGGCCUCCCUGUACAAAAUCCCGCUGAAGGACCUCAGAAUGGCGGCCGUGGGCGACGACUCCACGGCGACCCAGGAGAAGUUCGAGAUUGUGGCAGUGUGGACCACGAACAACAUCAAGGCGUCCGGGUGCGACAUCCCGCUGAAGGACCUCGACGUGGUGGUGUCCGUCGCCGGCAACUCCACGGCGAUCCAGGAGAUGUUCGAGCUCGUGGCGGAGAUGUUCGAGAGCGUGGCGGAUUGGAGCCCGAAAAGCAUCAAGGCGUCCUUCGCCGGCAACUCCACGGCGAAACGCUCGAAACGCACCGUGCCGGGCCGUGCCUGGCGAGAUUAUCUGGCGGGCGCUGCGUUGGAGAUGUCCAGGCUCGUGGCGGAGUGGGCCCCGAACGACAUCAAGAUGUUCGAGAGCGUGGUGGAGUGGAUCACGAACGACAUCAAGGCGUCCGUGUGCGACAUCCCGCUGAAGGACCUCGACAUGGUGGUGGCCUUCGCCAGCAACUCCACGACGAUCGAGGAGAUGUUCGGGCUCGUGGCGGACCAGAGCCCGAACAACAUCAAGGCCUCCGAGUACAACGUCCCGCUGAAGGACCCCGACAUGGCGGUGGCCCUCGCCAGCAACUCCACGACGAUCCAGGAGAUGUUCGAGCUCGUGGCGGACCAGGCCCCGAACAACGUCAAGGCCUCCGAGUACAACGUCCCGCUGAAGGACCCCGACAUGGUGGUGGUCUUCGCCAGUAACUCCACGACGAUCCAGGAGACUUUCAGGAUGGCGGCCUCCGCCGACAAUUCCACGGCGAUCCAGGAGAUGCUCCAGCACAUGGUGGAGUGGAUCCUGAUCAACAUCAAGGCCCUCCUGUGCGACAUCCCGCUGGAGGGGCUCGAGAUGGCGGCCUUGGCCAAGAACUCCGCGGAAAUCCAGGUGAUGUUCAAGCAUGUGGCGGAGUGGAUCUCGAGCAACUCCACUGCGAUCCAGGAGGUGUCCGAGAGCAUGGCGGAGUGGAUCCCGAACAGCAUCAAGGCCUCCGUGUGCAACAUCCCGCUGAGGGGACUCGUCCCGCCGCGGCCCGACGCCGCGAAGACGGCAUUGCCGGUGCAGGCGCUGCCGGAACUGCUGCCCCCAUUGCUCGUCUACGACCACGCGACUGGGGAGUUCCCCGGCUACAGGGGCUUCUGGUCCGAGUACUACAAGGUUUGCCUUGAGCCAAAGGGUCUUUGA